AUGAAUCGGACACGAGGAUGGAAGAGUUUCACGGUCAAAAUUGUCCGAUGUCCGAAACGGCAACCAAAACAUUUUUGUGAUCGAAGCAGCAUCCUUCAAGGCGGUAUGGCCAAUCAACAGCAAAAGAACAAGCGGAGCAGCAAGAAGAACAACAGGAAUAAAAUCAAUGAAAGCCACCAAGCGGGAAAUAUCUCGAAAAAGAGACUACCACAGCAUGUAUCAGAAGCAAAGCAGGAUCCGUGGUGGCAAUCAUCGUUGAAAGACGAGGAAUGUCCAAUUACCUUGGAACCAUUUGCGACGUCGCCUUAUCCUCCAUUUUGCUUGUCUGAUAGUAAUGAGCACCAUGGAAUCUAUAGUCAUGUUCCAUCAAAUAUAUCCACCGACAGGCAUUACUACUUUGAUGGAUUCGCAUUGGCUUCUUAUUUGGUUGCUCGUGGUAUCUUCGAGAAUCCACUUACAAGGCAAGAGUUGACCAUUGUAGACUGUCGACGUUUGGACGAAUACUUGAACGUACACCGUCAACAACACAUGUCCUCCUCAAUAGAACAAGAUUCGAGAGCUGUGUCCGUUGCAGAAGCCUUUUUAUUGCAACAAUCCAUUCAAGUUGGGACAACUCCGUCCAGUUCGACUCCACAAGGGCAGGAAGAAGCACGGGCUCAAGUCUUACGACGGACAGCCACCGCAGCUUUAGCAGGACUCUUCGACUACAGCCGUCCACACCAGCAUCGUCGGCAUCAAGAGCGGCAGGCUGCUAACAAUCGGAUAUUCGGAAGAGCUUCUUCAGGCAAUGAAGAUCCCCGUCUCGCAGAGUGGGGUCUUGAUCUGUCUCGUACCAUAGAAGCAGCGCCAGGUCAGAGUGACCAUGGAUAUACCAUUGUUGAUGAUGAAGAAGAGAUAGUUACAGCCGCGCAACGAGAUGCAUAUGAGUUUGUACAGGGACAGUUUCCUCGACUUACAGAUAGCCAUGUUGAAGGUACUGCUGUCCACAAUUACGACGAAUCCAUAGUUCGAACUGCACGAUCCGUGGCCCUGCAAGAAGAACAGCGGCGUCUAAGGCACGCUGAAGCAAUCGCUCUGGCCCAACAGAGACUUCGAGCGAUGACGUUACAACAGCAGCAAGAACGAAAACAACAGCAGAUGAAAGAGUGGGAGCAAGGUCAUUUUCAAUGGGAACAAGAAAAUAGGGAAAAGGAAGAUAUGGUGCGAGCAAGGCAAGAAAUUGAUGCUUGGAGAGAAGAGCAGUGGGAAAAAUUGAAACAAACCGCCGAAGGGCAAGUGGCAAGAAGCAAAAGUGCGAAAGGCCAAGCUCAGAAAGACUGCUCUUCUGAGUCUAAAGACGGAAGUGAGGUUACAGGAGAUAAUGUCUUGGAACGGUCAAUUAGCCCUUUGCAAGAUCAGAGCAGUACCGAUGAGGAAGCAACAAACAACAAGAAAGCAACGGCCGCUGCAAAACGCAAACGAGCAAAGGCUCGAAAGCAAGCGCAGAAAGCCGCAGCAAGAGCUGCCAUUGAAGCGAAACAAAAGGACGAUGCAUUGAUUGCCAGAAAGGUUGCCAGUGCCAGUCGCUGUGCUGCCUGUGGGGAAGGAAUGCUAGAUGCAGGAUUUGAGAAGUUUGGGCUCAAAUUCUGUUCCACCAAGUGUGCACGAGCAGCAAAACCCCCUGGGUUAUGA